UCCAGCACCGCCAACCCGUAUCCCUUCCCGAGCAGCGCCAACCCGUCCCCGCACCAGAUCUUCCACCUCCCGCUGAGCGCGACCCGCGACGAGGUCAAGGCACGCUACUACGACCUCGUGCGCAUCUACCACCCCGACUCGCCCGUCAGCCGCACCGUCCCGCCCGCGACCGCCCACGCGCGCUUCCAGGCGAUCAGCGCCGCGUACGCCGCGCUCUCUGGCAAAGCC